GCCGACAACCUUCUCGCUCCCGCUCCGCCGCAACCGACCUUCACCAACAGGCAGAUUACGAGCUUUUACUUCAAGCCCUGUCUGGACGCUGAAGGGGACCUAACGGGUUACUACUCGUGCAAGUCUUGCGGCAAGCGCAGGAAGCACACACCCAGGACGGGUUACACCAAUCUG